AUGUCUCAACUGCCCAAGCUGGCCCCGAGGCCGCCGGGAGAAGCACCAUUGAAGCCGGGCAAAGAAAACCCCAAGGAGCACACGGAGAGCGAAUGGGAAGCCCAGCGGGCGGUCAUUGAACAGCUCUACAUCAGCCAAAACCGAAGGCUGGUUGACACCAUGGCCGUCGUCUUGUCUAGACAUGGGUUCGCGGCAACGGAGCAAAUGUAUAAAAAGCGGCUGAAGAGGUGGAACCUGCGAAAGAGAGCGUAUCGCGCAACUUCAGAAAGUGCCGCCUUGGCUUCCGCCGCAGCGGCAUCAGCGUCGGACCAUGCCGCGUCAAGCAAACCAGCUGCCGAGGUGCCACGCCAAACACGAGAUCGCAUACCGCAGCCGGCUUGCACCACCAUCUCACGUACCACCAGGCUGGGCCCUUGUGCAGGUCUCGAGCUGGUCCUGGAUAGCGCCCGCUCCUGGAUCUCAUGUAAACUGGAAUCUGGACAUGUUGCACUGGAUCCCAUGGUGCAGUACCUUGCAAAUCCGAGCCGGCCGCCUAUUCAGGACAGCCGGACCAUGUAUCGCACGUUUGAGCUGGUGUUUGACCUGUGGCACCACGGAAAGGGCCAGCUCGCCGGCAUGGCGGCCAGAAGGGCGUUUUUCAUUCUCGAAUUCGUCCUCACGGCAGACCACCCGGACCUUGUAUGGCAUAUACUGGACACGGUGUACGACAUGGUAGACAGGUGCCACACCCAAUUGUUGGGCAUGUUUCUCGCGCACGCGGGCGAGCUUUCGAGGAGACGUCUCCCACAGGAGCAUCCCCUCGUGAAAAUCCUCCAACAGCUCACAAAGUGUGACUAUCAGACCCGGUCGGGGAGGGAGCAGGUGUGCCAUCUGUUGCGGUCAGCCUGGCUUCGGAAUGUCGACAUUCUCAGCGACCACAUUGGCGCCCUGGCGUCCACACAUCUCUGGCUCUACGAGCAACUGAUAUGGGACGGUAGAACAAGCCUUCGCAAGGACUGCGAACUGGCAAGUAGAAGAGAGCCGAUGGUGACGGCAUUGGCGCACCUGCACCGGCACGCCGAGAAUGAUGCCCGCGUGUCCAACUUGGAUAGGCUGCGAAUCAUGGCCCUCACGUUAGAGUACACACAGAUGGAUCUUGGUGAUGGACAAAAAGCAGAAGAACUGGCCACGAAUUUGCUGAACCAGACAUCUGUCGACAUGGAAGCAAGCCGCUCCGACGCCAGGUUCCAUGCAUAUGCCCUCAAAAUGCUGGCCAGGCUGCAGGAACAUCGGCAAGAUUGGGCCGGGGCCGAAGAGAAUCUCAGAUAUGCAGUCGAGAAGAGAGAGGCUGCCCACGGAACGGGUUCCGACUUGCGCGUGAUACGAGACAUCGCCGCGUUGAAAACCCACCCGGACCGCGUCCCAAUCGACUCCCCAGAGCGCGACACCCGCACCCGCAAGUUCCAGCUCGUCAACGAUGCCUACUACACCCUCAGCGACGCCACCCGCCGCAGAGACUACGACGCCCAGCGCAGGCUCUUCACGCCGUCGGCUCCGGACGCGGAUCCCUUCCAGGAGGCUGACGAGGGGAUUCCGCAGCAGCCGGGAGGAGCCGCCGGCCAGGGCGCAUACUCGUGGGCGUGGAACUUCUUCAACAGACACGCCGCCGCCCACGCCGACGACGCCGAGCGGGAGCGCACCGGGGACGCCCAGUUCAGCAACGUGUUUGAGGAGAUGAUGCGCGAGGAGGGCAUGGCCGAAGAUGGGUCGAACGCGCCGACGAGCAAGUUCUGGAGUUUGAUUGGGGGGCUGAGCGGCGGCGCGUUGGGCUUCAUCCUCGCCAACUUUCCGGGCAUGGUGGCCGGAGCGGUGGCGGGGAACAGGCUUGGUGCGGUGAGGGACGCCAAGGGGAAGAGUGUGUACGAGGUGUACUCGGUGCUUGUUGGUCUAGGCGCUUCCGCAGGACGACAGGGCGAGGCUGCUUAG